UGUGGCAUCCGGAGGGGAGAAUGGGCCGGACCCGUUACUAGGUGGGGUUUAUCCCGGGUAUAAAUGAACUCUCUCUCCCUCCCUCUCAACAACGCCCCAGGAACCUCAGUCAGACGAACUUCUCCGACUCACCGACACGCGGCUCCAGUAAUCCCAGUAAUCCCACCAUGUCUUUCAUCCAAGCCUUCCUGCAGCAGACAGUCUAUAUGGGCCUGCCCGAUGACUCACUCCUGCAGAAGGAGGGAACUGUGACUGCAGCACCCAAUUUCAACUCCAGUGGCGAUGCGGGAGUCUUGGAACAGGCCAUCAAGGCAAAAGGUGUGGAUGAGAACACCAUCAUUGAAGUCCUGGUGAAAAGGAGCAACGAGCAGAGACAGCAGAUCAAAGACGCUUACCAGAAAGCCAGCGGCAAGUCUCUGGAAUCGGCACUCAAGAACGCUCUGAAGGGAGAUCUGGAGGAAGUGGUGUUGGCACUCCUGAAAACACCGGCCCAUUACGAUGCCCAAUUGCUGAAACUGGCAAUGAAGGGUCUGGGCACAGAUGAGGACGUCCUUAUUGAGAUUUUGGCUUCAAGAAACAACCGAGAGAUCAUGGAUAUAAAAAAAGCCUACAAAGAAGAUUACAAGAAGGACCUGGAGGCUGACAUCAAGAGUGACACCAGUGGAGAUUUCCGGGCUGCUCUCCUUGAACUCUGCAAGGCCAACAGGACUGAAGGAGUGUGUGAGCAGAUGGUUGAUAGCGAUGCCAGGGCUCUGUACGAGGCCGGGGAGGGAAGGAAGGGCAACAAUUGCUCUGUCUUCAUUGAGGUCCUCACCAGCAGGAGUGCCCCUCAUCUCCGUAAAGUGUUCGAAAGGUACUCCAAGUACAGCAAGGUGGACAUGGCCAAAGCUAUCGAUCUUGAGAUGAAGGGAGAUAUUGAGAGUUGUCUCACAGCAGUAGUAAAGUGUGCUGGAAGCCGACCUGCGUUCUUUGCUGAGAAGCUUUACUUGGCCAUGAAGGGUAAAGGUACCCGCAAAAGUAUCCUGACGCGCAUCAUGGUGAGCCGCUCUGAAAUUGAUAUGAAACGGAUCAAGGAUGAGUACAAGAAAGCCUAUGGCGCAACUCUCUACAGGGCAAUUCUGGAUGACACUGCCGGUGACUACGAGAAGAUUCUGCUUGCUCUCUGUGGGAGUGAAAACUAAUCGCCAAUCAAUGGGAUCAAGGCUCAUACACCUAAAGAGCCGGCCCGCCAGCACAAAAUCCCCUAUAAUCCUUUGACACAUAUUGUGCCCUAUAUGCUCUUGUGGAGAACUGACCAGACUUGUUUCAACAGCAAUGCUCAAAUGUUAACACAGAAUUGCCACUCCUUCAGCAGAUAUUUUCCCUCCACGUUAUCUCUUUUCACUCCUAAACCCGCGUCGCUGUGUAGUGCUUCUCAUUAGAUUGUUAUAUAGCCGGUGUUUGAGGAGAAGCUAAAGUCAGUGAUCACAGUGCAGAUAACCAAUGUAUGCAGAUCACUAUGUGCCAAUCAUCAUAUUCCGCAGCAGUUGUCCUACUCUCGAGCGAGCUCGGACAACUUGCAAAUAAAAGCUUUUGUAUGAAAACUGA